AUGGCAUCCUCCACCGCAGAAUUCUGGUCCAAGGUAGACAACUAUGUCAUGACCACCGGAGUCCCAUUCUCUCCUGUCAUCAUCUCCAAAGCCCUAGGAACCCGCCUCUAUGAUAUAAAUGGCAAGCAGAUUCUCGACUUUACUUCAGGUCAAAUGAGCUCCCUUCUCGGUCACUCUCACCCAGAGGUUGUCGAGGUUGUCAAGCACUAUGUCUCCGAGUUGGAUCAUCUUCUCAGCAACAUGAUCACCCACCCCGUCGUCAAUCUAGCUGAGAGACUGGCAAAGUUCCUACCCAGCCCACUUCAAAAGUCGUUCUUCCUCAACACUGGUUCCGAGUCCACCGAGGCUGCUAUCAAGAUCGCCAAGUGUUAUACUGGCAAGUUCGAGAUUGUUGCUUUUUCUGCCAGUUACCACGGUUUAACUCAGGGUUCCGGCUCAGCCACCUACUCUGCCGGUCGCAGACGUGGUGGUCCAAUCAUGCCAGGAUCUUUGGCUUUCCCUGCACCUUACGGCUACCGCUCUCCCUUCCGAAAGCCUGAUGGGUCAUGGGAUUGGGAGACUGAGAUGGACUUUGGCUGGUCCCUGAUUGAUCGUCAGAGCGUCGGGUCUCUUGCUGCCUUUAUUAUGGAGCCCAUUCUCUCUACUGGUGGCAUUCUCGACCUUCCUACCGGUUAUCUGAAGCGCAUGCAAGACGAAUGCAGAAAGCGCGAGAUGCUGAUUAUCAUGGAUGAAGCCCAAACUGGCGUUGGUCGAACCGGCAAGAUGUUUGCUUUUGAGCAUGAAGAGGGCGUCGUCCCUGAUAUCCUAGCCCUCUCCAAAACACUCGGUUGCGGUCUUCCCCUAGCUUCCGUCAGUACCACGGCCGAAAUUGAGCGCGGCUGCAAGGAGGCUGGUUUCCUCUGGCUCACCACCCAUCUCAACGAUCCUCUCACAGCAGCCGUCGGCGACAAGGUCCUCGAGAUUGUCGAGCGCGACAACAUUUGUCAAAAGGCCAACGAACGAGGCCAGCAACUCCGCGCCGGUCUUGAGAAGCUCCAACAAAAGUAUUGGUGUAUCGGAGAUCUUCGAGGCCGAGGUCUUUUGCAGGGUAUCGAGAUUAUUGCUGAUCCCAAGACAAAGGCCCCUGGAGCUGAUCUGGGCCAGGCCAUCUCUGAUAAGGCGAUGGAGCUGGGUUUAUCGUGUAAUGUUGUCAAUUUGCCAGGUAUGGGUGGUGUUUUUCGUCUGGCUCCUGCUGUCACUGUUACAGCUGAGGAGAUUGAGCAGGGACUAGAAAUUUUGGACAAGUCUUUUGGUGCGGUAUUGGAGUUGCGCGGUCAGAUGACAGCCGCUGCUUGA